AUGGCACCUGCUCCUAUUGAUCCGCGCAUCAUCGACGUCGCACCGCCUAAGAAGGACACCCUAGAACUCCCCGAGCCUGCACGCGAACGUUUCGAGAAAGCCGGCAUCGACUUGAGCAAUGGCUACCCGUAUCGACCAUCUCGUCCUCUUUACCUCGACGACGUUUACAAUGUGCGGAAUGAAGACAGACUCCACGUAGACCCAGGCAGCCGAGCCGACCCCGAGAAGAAGGCUCUCCUUUCUGCAGCGAAAGAAAUCAUUCCACUGACUAGACAUAUCGGAACUGAAAUCGUCGGCUUACAACUGAAAGACCUGUCAGACCAGCAGAAAGACGAGUUGGGGUUGCUGAUUGCUGAACGGAGCGUCGUCUUCUUCCGGGACCAGGAUAUCUCCCCUCAACAACAGAAGGAGUUAGGCGAGUAUUUUGGAGAAGUCGAGGUCCAUCCACAAGGACCCCAAGUCCCCGGUGUCCCCGGUGUAACAGUCCUCUGGCCAGCAUUAUUCGCAGAAGAGCAGAAAGCAAGCUUCCGCCGGCCAGGCGGCGCAUCUCGUUGGCACAGCGACCUCGUACACGAGAGACAACCCGCAGGAGUAACACACCUACACAACGACACCGUCCCAACCGUCGGAGGCGACACCCUCUGGGCGAGUGGCUACGCAGCAUAUGAGAAGCUGUCACCCUUAUUCCGCAAAUUAAUCGACGGUCGGACUGCCAUUUACCGCUCUGCGCAUCCAUACCUCGACCGCAACAAGCCAGAGGAGGGGCCGAAGUAUGUAGAGCGUGAACAUCCUCUCGUUCGUGUCCAUCCGGCAACGGGUUGGAAGGCGUUGUGGGUGAAUAGGGCUAUGACAGAUCGGAUUGUUGGUCUUGAUAAGGCUGAGAGCGAUGUCAUUUUGAAUUACCUGUAUGAUGUUUAUGAGAAGAAUCCUGAUAUCCAGGUGCGCUUUAGAUGGACUCCGCGUACAAGUGCGCUGUGGGAUAAUAGGAUCACUAUUCAUAAUGCCAGCUGGGAUUAUGAGGGUUCUCAGCCACGACAUGGGACUCGAGUGACCUCACUGGCGGAGAAGCCUAUCUUUGACGCUGAUGCUCCAACCCGACGGGAGGCAUUGGGCUUGUUGGGACCGCAGGAGAUUGCAGAGCUGGAGAAGCUGACGGGUCUUCUUCAAGUGAAGUGA